AUGCAAUUCAAGAAAGUUAUUGUGCCAACUUUGAUCUCAGCCGCCGCUUUGGUCAAUGCUGACGGUGAAGGUGAAGUUACCACGACUUACACUUCUACUAUCACCCUUUACACCACCUCUUUCUCUCCAGAGGAAUUGUCUUCAAUUUCCUCCGAGUCUGCUGCUUCUGUAGCUUCUCAAGUUUCGGCUGCUGCCUUCGCUGCCUCCGUUGUUUCAGAGGCUUCUAUCCAAUCUGAAGCAUCCGCUGCUUCUGUUGCUUCUGUGGCAUCGGUUUCUUCUGCCGCUGCUGCCUCUUCUGCCGCUUCUUCUGCCUCAGCUGCUUCUGCCGCUUCUGUUGCAUCUGAGGCUUCCGUUGCAUCUGCAUCUGUCUCAGCUGCCUCCGCUGCUUCUGUUGCCUCUGUUGCCUCUGUUGCCUCUGUUGCCUCUGUUGCCUCUGUUGCUUCUGCCGUUUCUGAAGCUUCAGCUGCAUCGGUUUCUUCUGCCUCUGUUGCGUCUGUUUUAUCUGCUUCGUUAGAAAACAAGAAGACUGCAAUUACUUCCCAUACUUUAGCUCGUGCUACCGGUUUGUUAGCUAUUGCUUCUUCUAACAGUACCAACUCUACUACAUCUACUAUACAUUCCAUUAACACAACUACUUCUGAAUCUCAAUCUCAAUCAUCCAAAACUACAGUGUCUGCAACUUUGACUUCCUUGACAAGUGAUUCUUCUACCGGGGCUUCCACUUCAGGCACUUCAGAGUCUACUGGUGCUGCUUACCAAGUUGGAAUUAACGACGCUUUGAUUGGUGCUGCCGCUGGUAUUGCUUUGGCCUUCCUAUGA